AUGACGACUUCAAGACGUGUUGCAGAUAGGAAGGUGGAGAAGUUUGAUAAGAACAUCGUGAGGCGUGGAUCAGUUCCUGAAACAUUUGCGAAAAAGGGAAAGAGCUACCCUGUUGGCCCUGUUAUACUUGGGUUUUUCGUUUUUGUUGUCAUCGGAUCAUCUUUGUUUCAGAUAAUCAGGACUGCUACAAGCGGAGGAAUGGCUUGAUUGGAUUGCUACGUACGUAUCUGUUUUAAUAUCCCCAGCAGCUAGCGCUGUUUGCCAUCUGAAUGUAAAAUUUCGUGAACAUAUUACUCCUUUGUGUUUAAUUCUGGGCAAUUACUAUCAGUAUUAGUGAUCUUUUGUAUAACAUUUCAUGUUUGUUUUUUUCUAUUUACUUGCAUCAUCGA